CUCCCUUUCCUUGCGCGGCCUCCGCCUUGGCCGGGGUUUCCUGCUCGGCGUCCCCGUUUCUCGGCUCCGGGGCGCCCCCUGCUGGCGGAGGCGACUGCCGGGCGCGGGCCUUUCAUGGCUGGCGGCGGGGGACCAGGACCAUGACCGAUUACGGGGAGGAACAGCGCAAUGAGCUCGAGGCCCUGGAGUCCAUCUACCCGGACUCCUUCACAGUAUUAUCAGAAAAUCCUCCAAGUUUCACUAUCACUGUGACGUCUGAAGCAGGAGAGAAUGAUGAAAGUGUCCAGACGACCCUCAAAUUCAUUUAUCCAGGGAACUACCCAGAUGAAGCCCCCCUUUAUGAAUUGCUUUCUCAAGAGAGUCUUGAGGAUAGGGAUGUUACUGACAUACUGAAAUUAUUGCAGGAGCAGGCAGAAGAGAACCUUGGUAUGGUAAUGAUCUUCACACUAGUAUCGGCGGUGCAAGAGAAAUUAAAUGAAAUAGUAGAUCAGAUAAAUACAAGAAGAGAAGAGGAAAAGAAACAAAAGGAGAAAGAAGCAGAGGAAGCAGAAAAGCAAACCUUCCAUGGCACUCCCGUCACCAUUGAAAACUUUUUAACCUGGAAAGCAAAAUUUGACACUGAACUUUUAGAAAUCAAAAGAAAAAAGAUGAAAGAAGAAGAACAGUCUGGGAAAAAUAAACUAACAGGAAAACAGCUGUUUGAAAGAGAUCAUAAUCUUGACACAUCUGACAUUCAGUUUUUAGAAGACGCUGGAAACAGUGUGGAAGUAGAUGAAUCCUUGUUCCAGGAAAUGGACGACUUAGAAUUGGAAGAUGAAGAGGACGACCCAGAUUACAAUCCCGUCCAUCUAGACAGCGACUAGACUGAAAUUACUGCGCUUCCUAUAUUUGUCACCAGAUUUGAACAUUUGUACAGAGAGAGACCAUGAUAUGCUUGGGUUCCCUUUGAAAAAUAUUUCCAUGCCAGGAAAUUUCUCUUUUGGCAGCUUUCAUCAUCAUAGAUAAUAAAAGGACUUUAAUAAUUGAAAUAUAA